AUGUCGCUCUCAUCACGUGGAAGCGUUUUUCUCGUCCUCUGUCUCGUCCUGGUGCUCUGUCCAGCGCCGGCUCUGGCAUUUGGAGCUGGAAAUAUUCCAGGUAUUUCGACUGUCGAAGGGCAGAACUGGCGUCAUGGCGAUAUCGAGGAUAUGCUCAAGACAGUGGCGUUUCUUAAGGGCCACAAGUGGUCGACUAUGAUGAUUAAGAGGGUUUAUUUUGGAAAUUGGCUGCGUGACUACAGUCAGGCUAUUGAUGUUGGCUCCGUGAAGGGAGUCCCUGCUCCCACGAUUCGUAUUCUGGUUUGGAUUCUGAGUUUCUUGUCUUUCGGUUAUGCCACCGGGGAAUUCGAGGUCACCGAGGAGAGACUCGGUGUCUACCGCCCCGAGGAGCACAUUGACAACCCCAAGGACUAUGCUGACAACGAGGACGCAAGGAAGUACGAUCCCCGUCUCAGAGGCCCCAUCCAGAAAGAGGAGCUCUUGAUCGAUCCUGCCACAGGUAUGAAGAAUUACAUCGCCAAUGACCGUGGUGGAUGGGCAACCAGCUCUGGCUACAUCAGAUACAGCGUAACAAGAAGUAUUCACUUUGGCCGCGUUUACACUCAUGGUGGAGGUGGAUCUAGCGGCAAAGAUGCAGACUUGAGCGAGGCUCUUAGGUGCUUGGGUCAAAGUCUUCAUUGUCUUGAGGAUUGGGGUGCUCACACCAACUACUGCGAGCUUGCACUUAUCGAGCUUGGCUUCAAUGACGUGUUUCCACACGUUGGAAGUGCAACAAAGAUCAACCUGAAUGGCAAACACGUCUACCCCUUGACGACCGGAACGUUUGGUGCUGUAGACUUCUUGCAUUCUAUGCUUGGAGAAGCCACAGACCACUUCACCCAGUCCGAGAUUGAGGAGAUGGACCUAGCUCUCUUGAACGCCCAGCUUGCAACCAAGGGUGAAGGAACCCGCGGAUUCUUCGGCUCAGGUUCCAACGGUGGCGAUGAUUUCUUGAACCUCCUGUCCCAAAUCCCAGGCCAAGGAUCAGGAUUAGCAAGCCAAGCUCGCGAUCUCCAGGCCCAGUCGCAGGCCCAAGAAUAUGAGAACGAGGCCACCAGAGCCUCUGGAGGCCAGACAUUCCAAGCCCCCCCCGGCUCUGUUGGCGGACCUCCCGGCCCUGGAAUCCCAGGAAUGAGCCCGGCUUUCGAUGCCCAGAAGACCAUUGCUCGGAUCUAUCCCAUACUAGAGUUCCGUGACAAGAUCGUCAAGUCCAUCAAUGCCACUAUCGCUAAGAUCCCAGGGCUUGAAAAGUUAGUGGAGACUAUUAGCGAGAAGAUCACGGUGUUCAUCAUGUCGCUUCUUGCACCAUUCAUCAGACCCAUCAUCGAGAAGGUCUCGAAGGCCCUGCAGGAUGGAUCGGGCGCCGUGGUAAACCGCAUCCUCUACGCCUGGGAACACCCCGGCGUCCCCGUCGACGAAGUAAUCGCCGACAUCCUGAACGUCUUCCACCACCCCGCCGCGCGCAACGAGCGCCUCGAGAUCCACCGCAACAUGUUCAACACCGUCAAGAAAUGGGUCGACGAGAACCCGCACCGCAGCAACCUCAACCACGUCCUCGGCUCCGCCUCCGUCAAGUCGGGCGGGAACCACAAGGGCGGGAAUCCAGCCGUUCACUCCCAUGGCCCGGAUAACUCCCAUAGUGGAUUCGGAGGGUAUGGGCAGGCUGCUAGCGCGGUGUGGGGGAAGAUCCAAGCCCGUGAUCUGGGUGCGAUGCGCGAGAUUGAUGAUGUGCCAUCUCGUGGUAUCUCGCCCUCGCCAUCGACACCCGUUGGUGCGUUCGGAUACUCGUCUGCCCCAGGCGGCGCUCCUUCCUACGGCGGCGGCAGCGGUGGGGGUGAACCGUAUCUAGGCGCUCAAUCCGGACCAUCGGGUUACUCCUACGACAACGCCGCGCCAGCAUCAAGCUACCAAGCCUCAAGCGGCGGGGGAUACCAAGCCCAAGAACCGUACCAAGGUGGUGGCUACGGAGGCGGCUACGGAGGCGCGCCGCCGCAGCCAUCAUAUGGCGGCCCCGGUGGACCUGGUGGUUAUCCCCCUCAGCAAUCGGGAGGAUGGCAGCAGGGUCCUCCUCCGCCACAGCAGGGUGGGUGGCAGCAGGGACCUCCUCAGGGACCACCGCAGCAGCAGGGAGGGUAUCCUGGGCAGGGGUAUCCGGGGCAGGGAGGGGGUGGGUAUCCGGGGCAGGGGUAUGGGGGGGGGAGGUAUUAG